AUGUCUCCUCUUACAAGCUUCCACCGUAUUGCUCACGACACAUUCUCCUCCUUCCUCCUCUCACUGGACGGAUCUUUCUUACUGGGUUCAGAAGAUGUCGUUAAUACCCGGAUCAGCCUCUGGUGGGAGCAAGCGAGAGCUAUAGUAGUUGUUCCCUUCUUCAAAUUCCUGGUGGCUCUAUGCUUGAUCAUGUCUGUGAUGUACUUCGUUGAGGUCAUGUACAUGGGGAUUGUGGUAGCGUAUGUCAAGUUAUUCAAGAGAAAACCAGAGAAAGUUUACAAAUGGGAAGCUAUGGAGAAUGAUGCUGAAUGUGGCAGUAAAAGCUUCCCUAUGGUUCUGGUGCAAAUACCUAUGUACAAUGAAAAAGAGGUUUGUGAGCAAUCAAUUGCAGCUGCUUGCAGAAUCUCAUGGCCAUCUAAUUGUAUAAUAAUUCAAGUGCUUGAUGACUCCACAGAUCCAGCCAGUAAGGAACUGGUGAGAAGGGAAUGUGAGAGAUGGUCAAGACAAGGCGUCAACAUAACUUUUGAGAUAAGAGAUAACAGGAACGGAUACAAAGCCGGCGCGUUGAGAGAAGGAAUGAAGCAUAGCUAUGUGAAGCAGUGUGACUACAUUGCUAUCUUUGAUGCUGAUUUCCAGCCUGAACCUGACUUCCUCCACCGUACUGUUCCUUUCUUGAUCCACAAUCCCAAGUUAGCACUUGUUCAAGGCCGGUGGGAGUUUGGUAACAUUCCUUAUAUAGAACUCAAGAACUCAAGAAUAAGAAACACUCUUUCUUAUUAA